AAAUGUCCGCCGUCUGCUCUCUGCUUCUGCUCUCUCUGCUGCACAUCUCUGAAGGACAGCAGAUGUUGGUGGUCCAAUCUGGAGAUGUGGUCACUCUGCCCUGUGGAAAUGCCUCUUUAAAGGCCUGCUCCAACAUCAAAUGGACCCACAAUAAGAACGAUAUCAUUGUAGAUAACCAAACUCACUCCCCCAUCUCUGCCCCACCAACUUCCACCGAGUUCAUGUCUCCAUACUUUGAUGAUUAUAUAGAUCAUAUAGUUAGCCCCCGCAGACUGAACCUGACAGAGACGUGUGGUCUGCAGCUUGGAGAAAUGGAGGAAGAAGACACUGGGGUCUACGCCUGCACUGAGCUCAACCAAACACUGCCCAGCUCUGAGUUCUUCCUGUCUAUGGUCACCUUUUUAAACUAUAGUUCAAACUCCUGGGGAUGUAAGGUCAAAUCGCAUGAUGAAGGUGAUUACUGCACUUUCACCGUGAGGUUGCUGGUCCAGGGUUCGGAUCAGAACCAGAACCAGAGCCGGUUCAAGUUCCAGACUUCAACAUGCUCAGCUUCGCUGACAUUCACCCCUGGUCCUUCAAGUCCAAGUGUGAGCUGUGAAGUGACAGACCUUAAUCACAACCAAGUCUACAUCUUUGGGGCCAGUCCAGAAGAACCGGAAAGAAACCAGGCCAAAGACCCUCUCUCUGUUGUAAUUGUUCUGAUGCUGCUGAUACGCUCAGUGGAGCUACUGAUGGUUUUUGUCACCAUGGUGACACUGCUCAGAGUGCACGCCCGCUGCAGUUCUGCUGACAACCACCAGGUUUAUGAGAACAUCUGAGGUUUUCAAAAUAAAAGCCCGAGCACCAGGAUUGAGAGGUCUGCGGUCCGAGUGCACUUCAUCUACAGGAGAUAAAAUAUAUUCACUCUUUUGACUUUGACUUUGUUUCCGAAUGCAAAUAAAGAAGCUUCACUGUAUUUUUCCAAAUCUA